ACCAGGAGGAAAAAUGGCCAAAUCUUUCCCAGUACUCUGCUCAUUAUUGUUCUUCAUGCUGAUCCAUCAGGUGGUACCAGAUAUUGCUCGACAAUGGUGGCCACCACAUGGAGAUUUCAAGGUGAAAUGUCCAUAUAAGAAAGUAGACUUGAGCUGGUUCAAAGGAACAUUGAAACCCUGCUCUGGUACAUAUCAUCCGAUCUGUGGCACCAAUUUGGUAACCUAUGAAAACCCCUGCAUCUUGUGUAUUGAGAGCUUGAAAUCUACUGGGCAAAUUAGGUUUCUACGUGAUGGAGCAUGCUAG